UCCGGGGAUAAGACCCGCUGCCGGGCCUGGACAAGGGUGUGACCGCAGACGACGAGCGCAGCCCGGGCUCUGCACGAGAGAGGAGCUUCUGCCAGGGUGACUGAACUCUGAUCCUAACCAUGGCCAUGGCAACCAAAGGAGGUACCAUCAAGGCUGCUUCAGGAUUCAGCGCCACCGAGCAUGCCCAGAGCCUGAGGAAGGCCAUGAAAGGACUUGGCACUGACGAAGAUGCCAUUAUCAGAGUCUUGGCCUACUGCAACACUGCCCAGCGCCAGGAAAUCAGGACGGCCUACAAGAGCAGCAUCGGCAGGGACCUGAUGGAUGACUUGAAGUCAGAACUGAGCGGGAACUUUGAGCAGGUGAUCAUAGGGAUGAUGACGCCCACCCUGCUGUAUGACGUGCAGGAACUGAGAAAGGCCAUGAAGGGAGCUGGCACAGACGAGGGCUGCCUGAUUGAGAUCCUGGCCUCCCGGACCCCCGAGGAGAUCCGACUUAUCAACCAGACCUACCAGCAGCGUAUGUAGAAUCUAGUGGCCCUAGCCGAGGUUUUGCUGUGAUUUAAGAAUGAGAAUAGCACAGUAGUUAUCCACCAAUUAGACUUUCCUCAU